UUUUUUUCCUCCUCCCUCCCUCCCUCUCUCCCUCUCUCUCGCUUCCUCGUCUGGAAUUAUGUUCCGAUCCUGUUGUGUCGCUCCCACACUCUCUCCGUCCCCACCCUGCCUUCGCUCGAGCUGCCCCUACGUGAAAAGCUGAGCCUGCCCUCCUCCCUCUCCCUCGUUCUCUAUGUUACCCGCCUGAAGACACCAACUACCCAGGUGCCGACCCCAACCCCCAACACCGUCUCGACCAUCGCCAACCUCAAACAGAUGCCAGGCAGCUCCCACAUGCCCAGGCUCCCUGUUCACACAGCGAGAGAGAGAGAGAGAGCGUGAAGGAGACAGACACGGAGAGAGAGAGGGAGAGAGACGUCCCGAUGGAGAACGUGGAGGGAAUCGAAUGGUGUCCAUUGUUGCCACGGGGAGCCGCGGCUACUGAGAUGGGAUGGAGGGAAGCUGCGGAGAGAGAGAGAGAAAACGAGAGGUCGGUUGAUCGAUCAAUCACAAGGCAAAAUCAACAAAAUUCAGAUGGGUUACUAGGAGGAGCCCAGGAGAAGCAGAGACCACGAGCUUCUUCCCCAGAGAUGCUGAGACUCGGUGCGACACAGGAGGGAGUGAGGUGAUUCGGAGGGACGUGGUGAGGAAAUGAGAGUACGAUGCGACAGUAGGAAAGGAUGCCUGGAUGAGAUGGAGUUGUGAGGAAUGAGCACUGGAGGGGGAUCUGAACAGCAAGAGGGAAUUCCAGGAAUUUGACCCAACGACAGUGAAGGACCGGUGAUCCAUUUCCAACUCAGAUGGCACCGCUGAGGAUAAUUUGAGAUGGACAAAGACUUUUUAUCAGGAACUGGUGUGCGUAAUCAAAUCAGCAAUACGCUGACAGCAACUUCAGUUUUUGUUCCUGAUUUACAGCAUCCACAUUUCUUUCAAUGCUCCAACUAACUGAGAGAUACGGAGACUGGAAUAUGCACGGAGCUCUGAGUUUCGACCCAGGAUCUGCCAAUGCUAAUACAUCAAAUUCGCAACGGAAAUUUAUGCACAGAGGUUUUCAUGCAAGCUGAUAACACAAGUUCUCACCCAAAAAUUGGAUUACAGUGCUUGAAAUCUCAAAUGUCAUAGCAAAAAGCGGCAAAUCACACGAAGAAAUUCAACUCUCUUCAAAUCGUUUAACUUGGCCUCCAGAAAGCAGGCUCCGCCUCUGGGGCGGGGAAAUGCAGUCACAUGGCAACGUGCCGGCCAAUGGCAGCGGAGGCCCGGUGGACCCGAGUUGGGCCAAAGGCGUCUCGAGAGCGGCGGGCGCCGUCACCGCGGUCAUCUUCUCCGUGACCUUUGCCCUGGGGGUGCUGGGCAACGGCCUGGUCAUCUGGGUGACCGUGUUCAGGAUGAAGUGGUCCGUCAACAAGGUGUGGUACCUGAGCCUGGCGCUGGCUGACUUCCCGUUCGCCCUGCUGCUGCCGUUCAGCGCCGCCUACGCGGCCCUGGGCACCCACUGGCCCUUCGGCCGCCUCAUGUGCCAGCUGACCAGCGGCCUGUCCGUGCUGACCAUGUUCGCCAGCGUCCUCAUGCUGGCCGCCAUCAGCGUCGACCGCUGCUCCGUGGUGCUGUUCCCGGCCUGGUCCCGCAACCGGAGGGGCCCGCGCCUGGCCUCCGCCGUCAGCGCCGCCGUCUGGCUGGCGUCCGUCGCCUUCAGCGCCCCCAGCUUCGUGUACCGUGACACCGUCGAGGAGGGCAACUGCACCGUCUGCCUCACCCUCUUCGCCAGCGCCGCCGAGGAGCAGGCUGCCCUCGAGGCGGCGGAGGGCGACGACCAGGCCGCCGCCCUCGACGCCCUGGAGGCCUCGCGCUUCCGCUCGCUGUCGCUGGCGCGCGUCCUCGGGGGCAUCGUCUUCCCCUCCGUCGUCAUCGGCGCCAGCUACGUCACCCUCUGCCUCCGGCUACGGCGCCACCGCCUGGUCACUCGGCCCGGAGGCCGGAAGCCCUUUCGCCUCUUGGCCGCCAUGGUGGCCGCCUUCCUGGUCUGCUGGUUGCCCUACCACGCCCUGCUGCUCGCCGAGCUGCUGCAGCCGGCGGGGCAGCCCCUGCCGCUGGCCCUGUCGCUGAGCAUCCCGCUCGCCUCGGGCCUGGCCGCCUUCAACAGCUGCGUCAACCCCUUGCUCUACGCCUACAUGGGCCGCGACUUCCAGCGAGGCGUCGGGCGUUCGCUGCCCCGCAUCCUGGAGAACGCCCUGGCCGAGGACUCCAUGCCGUCCGCCAGGACCCGGUCCUCCCUCCUGGGUGAGGCGGGCAGCACCUUGGUGUGAGGGCAGGCGGGGAGACCGUUCGUCCCACCCGUCUGCUGGCCAUUUGCGUUCUUUCCUGCCAGUGCUUGAUGCUCCCCCCCCUCCCCCCAAGACGCACCCUGUACCGGCGCUGAAUAAUAGCGACACCAACCAACAGCAGCACCCUCCGCCCCCCCCCCCCCCCCCCCUUGGGGUCGUGGGGGUUUGGGGGAGUUCGGAGAGAAUUCUGCCCGACUGCCCACCCUUGUCUGAGCAUCUCCUCAUCUCACCUUAUCCUGAGGCUCCGAACCACCUGCCCCCCCCCCAACUCCCACCCUGUGUUCCCUCUGUCGAGACCCCCCCUCAAAAUCUUACAGCCAGAAGCCAGACAUCACUGGACCAUUCCACUCAUUGCAGAACCUCAUUCUAGGGACACGUGUUGUAAAUCUGAGUUCAAGGGAAAAUAUAUUCCCCCGCGCCCCGCGCCAGCCUGACAUCUUCAAAUCUGGUGAUUAGCUGCCACGCCAGAACUCUGUGCAUUCACAACCAGCUCUCUCCCCGGCAGCGAACCUGUGCCAAUAAUACCAUCGAGUCUUUCCAGCAACAUACUCUACCCGCUGCGCUCAAAGCGUGAACACACCUGGACUCCCUGAAUGCCACAUAGAGUCACCACAGCAUGGAAACAGGCCCUUCGGUCCAACCAGUCCAUGCCGACCAUAAUCUCGAACUCAACUUGCCCCAUCUGGCUGCUCCUGACCUCCUUCCCUCCAAACCUUUCCUAUUCAUGUAUCCGUCCGAUCUUAUAACUGUACCUGCAUCCACCACUUCCUCAGGAAGUUCAUUUCACACACAAACCACACUGUGUGUUUAAAAAAAAAGAGUUCCCUGUCAUAUUUGUUUUAAAUUUUUCUCUUCUCGCUUUAAAAAUAUGUCCCCAGCUUAGAAAUCCCCCACCCUAGGGAAAAGACACCCGCCAUUCACCAUAGCUAUGACCUUCCUGAUUUUAUAAACCUUUAUAUGGUUCACCCCUCAGCCUCCUACGCUCCAGUGAAAAGGGUCCCAGCCUAUCCAUCAAAACAUCUUGGUAAAUCUGUUUUGAACCCUCUCCUGUUUACUAAUAUCCUUCCUGUAACCGGGUGACCAGGCUGGACACAGUAUUCCAGAAGAGGCCUCACCAAUGUCCUAUACAACCUCAAUAUGACAUCCCAACUCCUGUACUCAAAGAUCUGAAUGAUGAAGGGAAGUGUCCCAAACACCUUUUGUAACCACUCUGUCUACUUGUGACACAAAUUUCAAAGAAUUAUGUACCUGAACCCCCAGGUCUCUCUACUUUUAAUUAUGUCAGUUCUGACUUUGUUUAUUUUACGGAAAGACGAUAGCUAUGUAUUUAUCCAAAUUAAACUACAUCUGUCACUCUGUUCCAACUCU